AUGACGACGACGACAACCGCCACCACCAUUCCCAUCGUCACCAACCCACAUCCACACACAAAUGAGGACACCAAUAUGUCGGCCAACUACUGGGCAUCUACGCAGUGCAACAACUGGUUGCUCGAUCGACCGCAGCUGGAGCUAGCGAGAAAAGAAGAUCUGAAGUAUGCGACUCGGAUCGAGUGUGCUGCUCUGGGUGUGUUCUUCUCCAACCUCCUCUCCACCAUGUGCAAACGUCUCAACCUCCGGCAGCGCAUCGUCGCAACCUCCAACAUCUUCUUUCGCCGCUUCUUCAGCAAAAACUCCUACUGCGCACUCGACCCGUUCCUCGUCUGCGCUACGUGCGUCUACGUAGCGGCCAAAGUGGAGGAAUCGCCUAUCCACAUCAAGUCGGCGGUGGCUGAAGCAACACGAACGUUUCAAGAGGUCGGGUUCAGGAGUCUGCCGAGCGAAAACUCGAGCUUAGCAGAGAUGGAGUUCUACUUGGUGGAAGAGAUGGAGUUUGACAUGAUUGUGUACCAUGCGUAUCGGAGCUUGAUCAAGCUGUUUGAGGCGUAUGGGGCUGGGAGGGAUGGCAGCAGUAGCAGCAGCAGCAUUGGUGCUGUAGGAGGGCAGACGAUGGGCUUAGGGUUGGAGAUAGAGGCGUUUGGAGUCGUCAAAGGUCUGGCGGGGGCUGAGGAGCAACAGGCCUCGCUUGGACUGCAGUCAGCGGCUUCCGGUGGUGGAGAGACGGCGCGAUUGGCAGAAUUCGACGAGCAAGUGCUGCAACUGUCGUGGUUCAUUCUCAACGACACGUACAAGACCGACAUCCCGCUCAUGUACCCUCCCUACAUGGUCGCGCUCGCGUCGCUCUGGCUCGCCCUGGGGCUCCACACGCCUUCCUCCGAACGCAUCACGACAUCCAUGCAAAAUGCGCAGCACAAACGACACCAACACCAACAGCAACUCGACCACCUGCUCAACGACCCCACCUCAACCCCUGCCGAUUUGAACACGCUCUACCGCGGCGAAUCGCAAAUGUACGACGCGACAACACCAAGCCAGGAGGCACUGACGUUCUUUGCGAGCCUCAACGUCAAUUUGGCGCUGCUGAGCGAGGUGGUGCAGCAGAUGGUGAGCGGGUAUACGCUGCAGAACCAGGUGAGUGCGUUGGUGGGUGAUGGCGCGGGUAUGGUCAAGUUGUUGGAUCGGAUGCGUGAGGCGAGGCGGCUGGAUCUGGUUGAUAGGGCGAGGGAGAAUGCGGGCACGGGUGCGGUUGCGGUGGAGAAGAGGAGGUUGAAUCGAUAG